UCAGUAAGCUAAGCUUGUUAAGAGGGCAGGCCAAGUUUUCUGGAUUUGCCGCUAUUUGGUCAUUAGUGUCAUGUUUCGGACACCGACACAUAUCCUAUCUCCCUGUCAAUCGAUGGACGCCGAUCUUCUGCGUCAUCAAGCGACUAGGUGGAGGACGCACAACGGAUGUGGAGGUGCUUCGCCCAUCACUCCCUCAGCUGGUCAUCCCAAACUAUUCAAAUCGAUUUCUAUACUAGCUCUGUAUUAUGUCUUUAGCUCUCUGAAGCUUCCUAACAUCGCUGAACAUUGGCCGACAAAUCCAGUCAAAAAGACCGCCGUUUUUGAACAGUUUGGCAUUCUGCAGGCACAUAUCAUCGAAUAGUGUAGGCCGAGGAAGAUGAGUAGACAUCCACCCUUCAUCGAGGUUGAAGCUUCAAGACCAGAGUUCGACAGAAACUUUAUGCCCACAAUUACUAAGACGCCCAAUCCAAGCUUUAAACCUGGACAAGGAUUGAACGACUUGCCCUGUGCCGGAGAAUUUCAACCGAAUGAGGCCAAGUGGAAGAGUAUCACCCCGGAAGAGCAAGCCGGCGGCGAUGUCUACAAAAUGAUGAUUUCAGGUAUUACUCCCAGGCCGAUCGCUUUUGUCUCCAGCAUGGGGUCCGAUGGAAAAGCCAACUUGGCUCCCAUGUCUUAUUUUGCCGCUGUCGGUCACAAUCCUCCAACUAUCAUGAUCUCUGUGGCAGCAGGCAAGCUCACUGACGGCCUAAAAGACACGAGCCAUAACAUCAAAGAGACCAAGGAGUUUUGCGUCUCUAUCAUUUCGGAGCCCUUUUUGGAAGCCGCUAACUUUACAUCAAUCGACGCACCAUACAAUGUCGAUGAGUGGGCCCUCUCCGGCCUCACACAGCGUCCAUCAGAGACUGUGAAACCGCCGCACGUCGCCGAAUCAGCAUUCACUAUGGAAUGUGAAGUCUUACAUUGGUACGACCUCAUAGGAGAUAAAGGGAAGCCCACUCAAGCCGUAAUCUUGGGGAAGAUUAAACGUUUCCAAGUUAAGGAAUUUGUGUUGGACCCUCAAGAUCAAAUGAAGGUGCUUACCGAGAAGCUAAGACCCAUGUCAAGGCUAGGAGGAAUUUCUUAUGCCCGUUCAACACAGAUGGUAGAGAUCCCUAGACCGGUCUGGGACCAAGUCAAGAACACCCCAGAGGUGAAAGAAGCGCUAGACCAAGGUCCUCGAAAGACGACAGAGAAAUAACAUUCGCCAUCCGGCUGUGUUUUACGUAGAUUCUAUGUAGUAGAUUACAUAUAGCUCUUCUUGUGCCUAGAUCUAGCGUAUCGUGUAAUGUUUUACGCUCAUAUAUAUAUGCAGCACAUUUGAAGGGAG